GAAGCGUGAGCGGCCAGGCUUAGCCGGCUGGUGGAGGGCGGGCGGGGGUCGUGGGACUCGAGAGGUUGGGCCGCUGCUCCCGAGCAGGUCAUGAACGGGCCGGCGGAUGGCGAAGUGGACUACAAAAAGAAAUACCGAAAUCUGAAGCGGAAGCUCAAGUUCCUCAUCUACGAGCACGAGUGCUUCCAGGAGGAGCUCCGCAAGGCCCAGAGGAAACUGCUGAAGGUGUCCCGGGACAAGAGUUUCCUGCUAGACCGACUCCUGCAGUACGAGAACGUGGAUGAAGACUCCUCUGAUUCCGAUGCCACUGCCUCUUCAGAUAACAGCGAGACAGAGGGGACACCCAAGUUGUCGGACACACCAGCUCCCAAGAGGAAGAGAAGCCCUCCCCUGGGUGGCUCCCCCUCCCCCUCCAGCCUCUCCCUGCCUCCUGCGGGAUUUCCCCUUCAAGCUUCCGGGACCCCAUCACCAUACCUGAGCUCGCAGCUGGCUUCCCCUCCCUACACCCCAUUCCCUUCCGACUACCUGGCCCUGCAGCUGCCCGAGGCCAGCCCCCUGAGGCCCAAGCGGGAGAAACGACCCCGCCUGCCCCGGAAACUCAAGAUGGCCGUGGGAGCUCCCGACUGCCCCGUGGGCGGGCCACUCACUUUCCCGGGCCGGGGGGCCGGGGCCACCCUGACCCCCCUGCCUCCCCCCAAAAUGCCCCCGCCCACCAUCCUGAGCACGGUCCCUCGGCAGAUGUUCAGCGACGCAGGCAGUGGAGAUGACGCCCUGGAUGGGGACGACGACCUGGUGAUCGACAUCCCGGAGUGAGCCGCCGCGCCGUGGCUGACACACGAGCCCCCAGCUUGCUCGGAGCUGUUUAUUGACGCCUGGUUGCCAUGCUUUGGCCACUGACACAAUCUGAAAAGGCGCAGUCAUGCACGCGCAUACCCCGGGACGGUGGCGGGGCCCUGCCCUAGCAUCCCAGCCCCCUCGGGGACAGUUGUUUAAUGGAGUGGUCAGGAGCACCUGCCACCUCGUGGGCGGCAGAGCGCCCUUAACAGUGAGUGCCCCCUCUCCCCUGUCAAGGGCAGCUGUACAGGGCUGGGGUGGGAGGGGUGUAUGUGCAUGUGUGUGUGUGUGUGUAUGUGUGUGUUUUUAAAUGAAGACUGUUAAUGGAGUGGCUCGCUCUGUCCUCUCCUGCUUAGCAAACUUUCUUCUCCAAACCUCCCCUAAUCCGACCUCCUCCCUGGGCGGCGGUGGGGGCCGGGGCAGCCUGGGGAGGCAGGAGAAAGGGGCACUAGGGAGGGGCAGGGAGUUGGGGGGGCUCCCCGCAGAUGUGCAGAGGCGGGGCGCUUUGCAUAUUUGCAGGUAAUAGCGAGUCAGGCGGGAGUAAGUUUGCAUAUGUGAAUACACAUCUCCACAGUCCCUCAAAAGCAGACAGCCCCACGGUCACAGAGACUCUCACGAAAAUAAGACAGGUAGUGCGAGGCAGGGGGACACCCCACCCCGUGUAAACGUGCAACACGUGCGAAGAUUGGGUGCUGGCCCCGGCCCCCAGGGGCCAUGCGGGGUGGUGACAGUUGCAGCAGCUCAGGCUGAGGGCAGAGCCCCAGCAGCUGGGGGCAGUUCGCUGGUCAGGGUGUGCCAGCGCUCCAGGGCUG